AUGGCUAGAUAUUCAAUCAUCAUGUUAGCUGCCCUGCUCUUAGUCGUUAGUCUAUUUCCAGCCACUCAGGCAAUUUUCUUUGGGAACUCUGGGGGUUGUGGUUGUCAGCAACAAUCAUGUCCUCCCGUGCCAACUUGUGCGGUAGCUGCUGCUCCAGCUUGCUCAGACUCUUGCGGGGGACAAGGCUACGGGACCGGCUCCCCAGUAUAUUCGGGCCCUCCACAACAAGUGCAACCCACGUUCCAGAUCCCACAACAAUCUCCUGUGGUCUACGCCCAGCAACCCAUCCAGCAACCCAUCCAACAACCCAUCCAACAACCAAUCCAACAACCCAGCUUUGAUGGCUCCUCCAACGCUAUCUAUGCACAAUCACAACCAAGUCAGCCUAACUUCGAACCCGCAUCUUCUGCGAAUGUUAUGGUUGAAUCUGCACAACAAGAGCCACAAGAGGAUAAUUUUAUGCCCGAAGUGGUCCAGCCAUCACAGAGCAGCGACUCCUCUUCUUACAACAGCCAAAAGCAACGCAAGGUGUUCGCACGCGGAGUAAAAGCCCUUCUCAGAACUAUUACCGGUGAUGAAGAUUAUCUCCGUGAAACUGAAGGUUUCCGUAGAUUGCGACGUGAUACUGAGGCUGCAUUUGAUCCAAAGUGCAAUUCGGAGGCCUUGAAGGACAUCAUUUUGAAGAACAUUGGUGAAUCUACGGCCAUAUCUAAACGUCGCAUUCAAGAGACAGCAACGGAUCAACUGGGUGGAAGAAUUGAUGUCAUUUGCUCAUCAGGAACAUUCUCCUACAUAGUAAACACCGAACUGUACUGUGAAACGGAAAAGAAUGGAAUCACAUGUUUCGCGUUCCGACAAGCGUCUUAAUUUGAUGGUGAUAUGAGCAAAAUAGAGC